AUGCCGAAACCUCGUCGGGAGUCUACGGCGAGGGCCGACACACGCCCUGCAUUCAACAGGCCUCCUAACUCGCGCCCGGCAGCACCAGUAAACCAUCGAGACGAUGACACGGACGAUGAGCCACCACGCACGCCGAAAACGCGGCCGCCCAGAGAGAAGGUCAAGUCCUCACCCAGACCUUCCCCAUCACCUGAGAAAAAACACCAGCGUCCGAGCGACCGACGCCGGGCAUCUGGCGGCGCAACGUUGAGGAAAGAAAGGGACCGAGCAAAAUACAGCUCUGGAAACUCGACGAACAGCACGAGCCAGCUCUUGAGUAGCAAUGCGUUGGCCAAAUUAAAUGCGUAUAACGAGAAGGUGGAGUUCCAGGAGAAAUACGACCAGCAGAAGCGGAGAAAGAAGGAGUACAAAAACCUGAAAGGUGCCGAGGCACAGCAUCAACGGCAGCGACGGAAGAAGAAUCGCAAUGUCAGUGGUGCUAUCCUGGAAGAAGGCCGAGGGGGCCAGAGACACAAGAAAGUCUCCGGACGAGGAGGGCGUGGCGCUCACGAGAAAGAAGGGUAUGAAGUUACUCAUAGACAUGCACAGAGACCGUCGCGGAAGAAGUUCUGGUGGUUAUUGAUUGUUUUUGUGGUCUUGCUUGCGAUCUUCAUCCCUGUGGCGGUGGUCGUGAGCAACAAUAACAACAAGAAGUCGAGCAGCUCUUCAAAUUCGUCGGGUGCAACGAGCACGUCAAAUUCGUCCUCUGAUCCGAGCAACAAAUGCAACGGGAGCUCUGUUCCGGCGAGUGCGAAGGGGACCUAUACAGACAUCUCAACCUGGUUGGAUACGACGGACUUCAACUGUACCUAUACGGCUGAGACCGUUGGUGGUUUAUCAGUCAUGGGGCUCGACUCAGAUUGGGAUGACUCGACAAAAGCCAACGAUAAUGUCCCCGCGCUCAACGAGAAGUGGGAUUACGGAAAAAUGCCAAUACGCGGCGUCAACCUGGGUGGAUGGCUGGAUCUUGAGCCCUUCAUUACACCCUCAAUGUUCGACUAUCCUUCCUCAGCAGGCGUGGUGGACGAGUGGACUUUGUGUCAAAAGCUGGGUCCCUCGGCAGCAAAGCGGACUCUUGAGUCACAUUAUGCAACCUUCAUUACCAAACAGAGCUUCAUCGAUAUCAGAAAUGCUGGCCUAGACCAUGUGAGGAUACCCUACCCUUACUGGGCUGUCACGACAUACCCCGGAGAUCCCUACGUACCACAGGUUGCCUGGAGAUACUUGCUCCGAGCGAUCGAAUAUGCGCGGCAGAAUGGGCUACGUGUAAACCUUGAUCUGCACGCAGUUCCGGGAAGUCAGAAUGGUUGGGCGCACUCCGGCCACCAGGGCGAUAUUAACUGGAUUAUUGGGACUGAUGGAGCCACAAAUGCCCAGAGGUCGCUUGACAUUCACGACCAGCUAUCGAAAUUCUUUGCUCAAGACCGAUACAAGAAUGUGCUCACAAUCUAUGGUUUGGUGAAUGAACCAAAGAUGCUCGUGAUCCCGCCCGACUCCGUUCUAGACUGGAACAAGAAAGCCAUCAAGAUCAUUCGAGACAACGGACUGACCCAGAGAAUCGUGUUUGGGGACGGUUUCCUCAGCUUGGACGAUUGGGACGAUAUGUUUCACGGCGUUGACAACAAUCUUGUGAUGGAUACACAUCAGUAUCAGAUUUUCAAUACUGGCCAACUCAAACUCAAGCACCAAGACAAGAUCAACCUGGCUUGCUCCGGCUGGACCGGGUUGAUGGUGGCUGCAAAUAACCCUAGCACUGGCUGGGGCCCGAUAUUGGACGGGGAGUGGUCACAAGCGGACACCGAUUGCGCACCGUAUCUCAACAACGUCGGGGUGGGAUCAAGAUGGACUGGUACUCUGAAUACAGGAGAUUCACAAACGGCGGUCCUGACGCCAACCUGUCCCGAGCCACCGUGUUCGUGUACUCAGGCCAAUGCUGAUCCGAGCACCUACAGCGACGCUUACAAGCAGUUCUUGCAAAUGUAUGCCGAAGCUCAGAUGCACAGCUUCGAGCAAGCCUGGGGAUGGUUCUACUGGACAUGGAAGACGGAAAAUGCUGUCCAAUGGAGCUGGCAGCUGGGUCUCCAGGCGGGUAUAUUGCCUUCAAAAGCAUAUUCGCCCUCCUUCAAAUGUGACUCGGACGUCCCUGACUUUAGCGACUUGUCCGAGAGUUAUUGA